UAGUUGCGAUUUAUUCCUUUAUUAUUGUACUUCGUUGUUGUGCGCCGCUUGUUACCUAUUUGUUAUGCAAUGCCGCACUUCGAUGAGUCGUUUGUAAGCGACUGUGAUUUCGCCGAGCGCCAGCAUGUAAUCUCGUAUUCACUGGAUCGUGGCGUGAAACUCUAUCAGAAGCGCAAACUUAAAUCACCAAAAUUUUUUUAUACACGUUAUCGGCCGCGUGUGGUCGUAAAAAAUGUCGUUCAAUACAGUGCCAUCAGUUCUCCAUCCACACCUAACUCCUCACUUUCUUCACAAUCGAAUAUUGUUUGUGGAGGUGGUACACCAUCGCCAAACACACCCUCGCCCGCCACACCCACAUCUCAACAAUCCGCAAAUACACCGCUGAGCGGCAAUAGUGCGAUAUACCAGACCCCGGGUAGCGGAUUUGGUGUUUCGACUUCUGGACAUAAAAACAGUUUGAAAGGUACAAAAUUGGCGCGUAGAGCGCGCUCUUUCAAGGACGAUCUGAUCGAAAAAAUCUCCAUGAUUCGCACACCAAACAAUACUUUGGGAAGAUCCCAUUCCCCGCACAGUCCACGUAGCAAACCCAUGAAACCCCCACCGACCGCCGAAGAGGUGGCUAAGUCUGCCAGUUCGCUGGAAAUGCAUGUUAAGGAUAUUUCAAAUGCUUUAAAGCACUUCCGCGAUGUUAUACUCAAAGCUAAGCUUGAAGUUCUGCCAGGCAAUGCAACUGUUAUUCUUGAGACCAUUGCUAGCAUGUACACCGUAAUACAGUCAUAUGCAUUGGACAAACAUAGCACCGUCCUUUUGUCGGCGACUCAACAAGUGUAUCAGUCGCUGGGUAAAUUGGUGAAGCUCUGCGACGAGGUAAUGCUUAUAUAUGCAGCGCGGCGUAGCGACGACGAAAGAUGCGAAGAUCAUGCGGAAGAUGAUCAUCAACAGCUUAAAGCAUUGCUCAGUGAAGAUAACGUAAAGGAGAUUGUUGAUUUGCUUGGCGAUGCGGUGCGAAAUUUGGCGACACUCGCUCAGCAAAAAUUGAAGGAACGCGAGGAGAACGCUUUCAAGUAUGCACCGAGCAAUGUCGACGCCGCUGCAAUAGCAGACAACGCUGACGCGUCACAGAAUCACUUAAUGCGACUGCCGGUGGAAGUUGCUGGUCAACGUACAUCGCUGCCGGACAUAACGCUAACACCGAAGGAACGUGAUAUUUUAGAAAAAACCAACUCGAAUCCCAUACGCGCAUCUCACAGUACCGAGAGUAUACUGCGUGAUACGAGUCCACCACCCAAACCGCCGCUACCAAACAGACCACCACCGCUGCCGCCCAAACGUCGUAGUCAACAGCAACAACAACAGAAUUCUCAUAGUAAAAGCAUCAACUCAGACUUGGAUUGGAGUUCUGACGUUUCACUCGUAAACUAUGGUGUUGAUUAUAAUCUAUCCGUGCGGUCACACUCGCCGGACGAAAAUUCUAGUCAGUGUUCGCUAGAUUCGGAAUUGAAUCACUCGCGCGAGGAGGAGGAGCUCAAGUCAUUGGUGUUGGGCAAUCGCCUCAACGAAAGCACGCUCGAUAAUGAUGUAGAUACAUUAUUCAUAUCCAAACCACUCACAAGCGGUGGCAAACGGGCUAUGUUGAACAGCAAAGUAGCUGGCAACAAAUCAGUUGGCUCUAUUAGUGGCGUCGGCGUUGCUGGUGAGCCUCUUAACACCGCUUUUAGCGCACCAGCACAAAACGUCUUCGAUAGUUCCAAACACGUUGGGGUCAGUGGCGAUGAUGCUGAUGAAUGUGAUUAUAUACAAAGUGUGAAUAGUAAUAACGGCGCUGGAUGCACAGUGGAUAAACUGGAAAUGCGCAAAAAUACUAACAAUCGUCAUUCCAACGAAUCGGGCUUUGUUUCGAUGACAUCUGUGCGCACCUCGGCGCAGAGCGUAUCGAAACGUUCAUCCGAUGGUGGCUUUCAAUCAUCAACCAAAUCUAGUUCUAAUUCGGAAAUAGCUUUCGAGGCCAUUGAAUCGUCUAGCAGUGGGGAAUUCCACACCCAAUCGCAAGAGUUCCACAACCAGCAAACCACAUGUUCUUCUAUGACGAAUGCAAUGUCGUCCACAAUGAUGACAACAUCGAAUAGCAUCAUGAAUAAUAUGUCUACACUGGCGCACGAUGCGCGCUCGAUUAGCAAUACAAGCAGCGUUAGUCCUGAUCACUAUGAAAGCGGUGGAAUUUUAACGGAACGUUCGGUUCACAACAGCAGUAGUAGUCACGUGCAGUCGUCGUUUUCAUCGUUGGUAAAGGCUAAUAGUUUGGAUACCACUUCUUCUUCGGAUGGUGGCAUGGGUUCACACAGUGAUCUAGUGCCGCCCGCGCUGCCGCCCAAAACCAGUCGCAGUAAGGAGGCACGUAUAUUCUCUCAGUAUGAUAAUUUUGAUGAAAUGGACGAUAACAAUAGCGAACUAGCCGAACUUCGACCGCAUCAUCACUAUAACUUCAACAGCUAUAGCCAGCAUAAUCAACACUCAUUGCAACAGCAUCAUAACCAUCAUCAUCAAUAUCAGCAUCAUGUGUCGCAGUGGCAGCAAACUAAACAUCAAAGUCUCAUCGAAUCGCGACGUAUCGGCGGCGGUUUUGUUAGCAGUUGCACAACUAUGGGUAGCAUUGGAGUCGACGUCAGUGGCAGCGGCAGCGGCAGCGGAAGCGGUGCGGAACAACCACCGCCGCUACCCAUCAAGAAAAAGCACAUUUGGGCGUACAUGGAGCUUUGUCAGGGACCUAAUCGACCACUUGGGCGCCAUACAAUGCAUAUGUACGAUUUGACGGGGAACAUCUCACACAGCCAAACAAUGAACAUUGUCCCACUACCAAAGGAUCUAUCGCCACCGACGGAGCAGGAAACACCGCCCGCACUUCCACCAAAGAACUACAAACAGCAACGCAAGUCGAGCGUCACACCGCCCACCAUAAUAACAACUCCACCGCCUAGUCCGAAACCCACGCAUUUAAGCGCUGGUGCAGAUGCUGAGAAUGGUCGGCCAGCACGCGUGUUGUCCGCCACACAAGGCAGUGAAAUGAUGUCAACCGUUUGCGAAGAACUUGGCGAUCUUACCGAGGAAGAGCAAGCGUCGCUACGCCACUCCCAUCAGCUGCCUAAUGAAAAUUGUAGCAGCCAUAUGAGUCGAAGGCAUUCACCCCUGCGUCGCGCAGAUACACAUGAGGGUACAUCCGGUAGUAGAGCUGAGAGCGCUGGAGAAGAUCAAUUGUUAGAACAUAAUAGCUAUGGUGAUCAUAAGUGUGAUGAACUGCAGACGCUGUCGCAAGAGGAGCUGCCGCAAAUGCUGGAAGAAAUCGACGUUACCAAAUAUUUGGUUCUGAAGAGAAAAGACGAAGACGGACCCGAAGUAAAAGGCGGCUACGUGGAUGCAUUGAUCGUGCAUGCGAGUCGCGUACAAAACGAUAAUGCUUUCAUCGACGCAUUCAUCACUACGUUCCGCACCUUUAUACAGCCGAUCGAUGUAAUCGAAAAGCUAACGCAUCGGUAUACGAUAUUCUUUUGUUUCCAAAAUGACCAGAAGCAAAGGGUCGCCAGGGAGACGUUUUCUCUUUUAAUGCGAGUAGUGGAUGGGCUAACGUCCAUGGAUCUUACUGAUCAACUACUAUCGCUCAUAGUAGAAUUCAAUUACCAAUUGGUAUGCGCCGGACAAUUAUACUUGGCAAAAACAUUGCGUAGCAUAUUUGUUGAGAAGGUGACAUUGUUCAGAGAACAACGUUUACCACCUCCCAAAUCCGAUAUGCAUAUCACAGUCACCAAUCAACCCAGUCUGCUCGAUCUCAAAUCAGUAGAAAUUGCCGAGCAAAUGACAUUGUUGGAUGCUGAUCUAUUUCAGAAAAUUGAAAUACCCGAAGUCUUGCUCUUUGCCAAAGAGCAGAGUGAAGAGAAGUCGCCCAAUUUAAACAAGUUUACAGAACACUUUAAUAAUAUGUCCUUUUGGGCUCGUUCGAAAAUUCUUACUUUAAGUGAUGCCAAAGAACGCGAAAAGUAUGUAAUUAAAUUCAUAAAAAUUAUGAAGCAUUUGCGAAAGAUGAAUAAUUACAAUUCAUAUUUGGCAUUACUGUCAGCGCUCGAUUCAGCGCCUAUUAGAAGAUUGGAGUGGCAUAAAACUAUUACUCAAGAUAUAAAAGAAUAUUGUUUACUGAUUGACUCCAGUUCUAGUUUUCGUGCGUAUCGAACAACGUUGGCUGCAACAAGUCCACCAUGCAUUCCAUAUAUUGGACUGGUGCUGCAGGACUUAACGUUUGUUCACGUUGGAAACCCAGACUAUUUAAAAGAAGGUGUAGUUAACUUUUCAAAACGUUGGCAGCAAUACAAUCUUAUAGAGAAUAUGAAACGUUUCAAAAAAUGUGAGUACAAUUUUAAGCGGAACGAACGCAUUAUACGGUUCUUUGAUAACUUUGAGUAUGAAUUGGGAGAGGAAGAGAUGUGGCAAAUAUCAGAAAGCAUAAAACCGCGUGGAAGACGACCUGUGCAAGCGUAAAAUGUGCGAAAUAACUACACAUCAAUAUCCCACAUAUCCUGAUGGAAUACUCAAUUAAACGUUAGCAAAGAAUUUGAGAGGAAACCUGCAAAAGCCAGAAAAAAACAAGGAUUACAACAAUAUAUUCAAGCCUGGAGUAUAUCAUUUAAUAAGAUGAAAAAAGCGGCAAACAACAUUGCACAGCUAUUGAAAAGUAAUUAAAUAUUUCAAAGCACAAUUAUAGUCCACACUUGCUAUCUUAAUCAAAUAGUGAUAAUCAGCAUUCUGCACUCAUUUAAAGCACAUAAUCCAUUGCGAACUAAUUUAAGGAAAGCAGAAAAUAUGCACAAAUGUUGCAGUUUGGAAGUAGUAAUGUUUAAAAUCAUACAUAUAUUAGCAGAGUAAAAAAUAUAAACGAUUAAUGGGUCGAUUACGGAUAGUAAUGCAGCUAUCGUCAGGUUCUGUAGAGUUAUCGAUAAAGCAAGCUGUGCUAGUAAAAUUAAAUUAUUAAAAUAAAGAGUUUAAAAAAGUCAGCAAUAAUGCUAAGUUCAGUACAACUAUUUGUUUAAAAGGGAGAGAAGUGCAUGAACGCGGCCUCAAUCAGGCGGCAUUUAAAGGAUAAUUCCAACUACCGCCAGUUAGCGCCUGCACUGUAAGCAAAAGUUAAUGCUUUCAAGAUUUUUCUUUUAUUAUCUUUUUGUGUUCAAAUUCAAAGUAUACUUUUAAAUUUUCACAGUAAUAACAAAAGUGUAGUCUGUAUACACACUUUGUAGCAACUGCAGUUGCCAGUUGAGAGUUGCCAGUUGCCAUCUGUAAUAUCGUUUCGGCAACUGGCAACGCAAGUGAAGGGCCUGUUCGAGGCACGUAAUAAACGCGGCAUUACUGUCGUACUGAUGAAAAUUUGCAACACUGUUGCAACUGCCCAACUGAUAAUACGUUGCUAGAAAUUCACACAGAAUGUGAUACUUUAAUAAUUCGCGCAACACUGCGGCUGUGAUUGCACCUCGAACAAGCCCGAAGUUCGGUUGCUAUCGAUAAUCGACCCAUAAAUUAGCAAACCAAUAUAUGUAUAUGUAUCAGAUCAAUAGAAAAUCAAUCGAUGGAGCAACAAGAAACCAAACCAAAAUGCACCGACAAAAACACAACGAAAUUUGUAUUCAUAUUUUUGUGCACCGUACCAAUUUUAUUUAUAUCUCAACUGCAAUGUCCAGUCUACAACAAUAUGGUGCUCCAUAAAACAAGCAAUCUAAUUAAAUUCUUAUUCUUAUAAAA